AUGAAGAAUGAAUUCGAAAUGACAGAUCUUGGCAACAUGGGUUACUUCCUCGAACUGGAAUUCAUGCAGACAGAAGGUGGAAUGUUCAUACAUCAACGAAAGUACAUUUUAGAGACAUUGGAAAGAUUUAACUUGAAGAACUGUAACUGCACAUCCAUACCUGUCAUGGUAAAUUUGAAACUCUCUUGUCAACAAGAAGAAACCAAAGUUGAUGCAACAUUGUUCAAGCAGAUAGUAGGAACUCUUCGUUACAUAUGCAACAGCAGACCAGACAUCAGUUUCGGAGUUGGACUCCUCAGCAGAUACAUGCACGACCCUAGACAGUCUCAUCUCGCUGCUGCCAAGCACAUUCUACGUUAUUUGAAGGGAACAACAGAUUAUGGCCUCUAUUUCCCCAGGAAAGUUGAUUGCACAAACGAUGUUUUAGAGGCAUGGUGUGAUGCAGACUGGAGUGGUGAUCAAGUGGACAGAAAGAGCACUUUUGGGUAUGUGUUUAAACUAAUGGGAGCUUCCAUAUCGUGGUGUUCGAAGAAACAAAACGUCGUAGCGCUCUCAUCAUGUGAAGCAGAAUAA